AUCUUUCAAGUUGCAUAUGUCAUCAUCAAAGCUGCUAAUGCUCCACGACCUGGAAACUGGAUUUUGGAACGCUCCAUAGAUGGCACAGAGUUCAGACCAUGGCAGUACUAUGCAAUUAGCGAUACCGAAUGUUUAACACGUUAUAAUAUUACGCCAAGAAUCGGGCCGCCAACUUACAAGAGAGAUGAUGAAGUGAUCUGCACCUCCUAUUAUUCCAGACUAGUCCCCCUGGAACAUGGAGAGAUUCACACAUCACUGAUCAACGGUAGGCCUAGUGCUGAUGAUCCUUCACAAAAGCUCUUGGAGUUUACUUCUGCACGAUACAUCCGCCUACGACUGCAGCGUAUUAGAACCCUUAAUGCUGACCUCAUGACUCUGAGCCAUAAUGAUCCUAAAGAACUAGACCCCAUUGUUACCAGAAGGUACUACUAUUCAAUAAAGGACAUCUCUGUUGGUGGCAUGUGUAUUUGUUAUGGCCAUGCUCGAAGCUGCCCUCUGGAUGAAACCACAAAGAAAUUGCAGUGCCAGUGUGAACACAACACAUGUGGAGAGAGCUGUAACAAGUGCUGUCCGGGCUACCACCAGAAACCUUGGAGACCAGGAACCAUUUCUGCUGGGAACAAAUGUGAGAAGUGCAACUGUCAUAACAAAGCAGAAGAUUGUUAUUACAAUCAGAGUAUUGCAGAUCAGAAAAGGAGCAUGGAUAUUCAUGGCCAGUAUAUAGGAGGUGGCGUGUGUUUAAACUGUACUCAACAUACUACUGGGAUCAACUGUGAAAUGUGUGCUGAUGGAUAUUUUAGACCACACAAAGUUUCUCCCUAUGAGGAUCACCCCUGCUAUCCCUGUGGGUGUGACCAGGUCGGCUCUCUAAGUUCUGACUGCAUUAAAGAUGAGCACCAUUCUGACUCACAGCGUGGGACUUGGCCAGGUCAGUGUCAAUGCAGAGAAGGUUACACAGGUGAAAAAUGUGAUCGUUGUGCAUUUGGGUAUCGGGGCUAUCCAAACUGCCUGCGUUGUAACUGCAGCCUGAUUGGUAGCAUUAAUGAAGAUCCGUGCACAGAACCUUGUCUUUGCAAAGAAAAUGUAGAAGGUGAAAACUGUGAUCUCUGUAAACCAGGAUUCUACAAUUUGCAAGAAAGAAAUCCUCAGGGCUGCACGGAGUGUUUCUGCUUUGGGGUUUCUGAUGUCUGUGACAGCCUAACAUGGCCCAUCAGUCAGAUAUCAGACAUGACUGGAUGGCUUGUUACUGAUCUGUAUAAUGCAAGGAGUGUGCAACCUCAGCGGAGCCAAUUUGAUGGACCUCGUCAAAUAAGUAUUAACCACACUGAGGCUGUGAAAGUACUGAAACAUACUUAUUACUGGUCAGCACCUGAGACAUAUCUAGGAAAUAAA